AUGGUUUUGACCUCGAAACUUUGCAACCUUUGUAAAACAAAUAUUGGUAAAAAGUUCAAAUUGCAGUGCGGAGUUUGUAAAAGUUAUUUCCAUCUCCAAUGCGGUAAUGUUACAGAAGUGGACGCCAGGAUCAUGCAAGCGGAAAAGACACCGUGGUCAUGCAAAAAUUGCAGUCCAACUCAGACCAGCAGUUCUUCGCGCCGAUCCCUCGGGUUUUCUCAGAAUGCCCCGCCCGCUGAAGAUCCGGAGCUAAAAUCGCUUAUCAAAGAGCUUCAGUUGGAGCUAAGGGAGAUUCGUAAGUCCAUGGAUUUUCUUAAUGAAAUGUACGAGGAAGAAAAAAAGCGCUCCAAUGUCCUGGUGGAUAUGGUAAAUGAAAUUUCUAAGGAAAACAAUGUACUGAAACAAGAAGUCAAUCAACUGAAAACCAUACUCAAUGUCAGGGAACAAGAUAACAUCAAAAACAAUAUUUGCGUUUCUGGCUUAAUUGCAAGUGAGGACGACAAGGACUCUACCGCUACUAAUCUGUCAAAACUGUUCAACGCCCUUAACGCCCCAGUCAGUGAGGCAGUUUUGAGUAACCUGAAUUAUUUAAAUACUAAAAACAGUGGCAUCAAAGUCAUCGUCACUCUCCCGACUACUGAACUAAAAAAACUUAUACUGGAAGCUCGCGCAAAGAAGGGAAAAUUAACUUUGAGGAACUGUGGCCUCGGUGAAGCAUCGACUCCGAUUUUCAUCAGCGAAGAUCUCACCAAACAAACCUACGCUUUAUUCAAAAGAGCCAAACUGCUCAAGGAGCAUGGGUAUAAAUACAUAUGGUACAGAAAUGGAAAUGUUCUAGCUCGCAAGGAUGAUGGACAGCCUGUUGUUGCCAUAAAGAAUGAAGCGGUUUUGGACGGUCUUUUAGGUUAG